AUGUGGGCGUGUGCAGCCUUUGCAUUGGCAGCCCAACCAAGGUUCAGUCCCAAAACUAUCAGAAGCAACACUGAGAACACAGUCUAUGUCUGGGGCAAGUGGCAAAACUUCGAAGGACAAGCCCAAGUUGGUGGAAAGGUAUGUUUCGCACAAGAGGUUACAGGCUGCACACCGUGUUACUCUAGCCUUCGGGAAGCUUUCGACAUUGAUGUUGCCAACGGGCCGAUGCCCGGCCCGCUUGGAAAGAUUGCCUACCGACCUGUUGCGGCAUCUCAUGCUCGGAACGAGAUUCUUUGUUAUCAAGCUCCCGACAGCUGCCAAUGGGUGCGGCAACCUGACAAAGUUCUGCAGGUACUGAAUGAGCCGGUACCGGCUGCAACCUCGCCUGCAACGGUAUCAUCGAUUUGGCCCACCUUGGCGACAGUCAACGUCUUGACCUCUAUAACCUUCGCAGGGGCUGCUGAAGGUGACAAGGCAAUCUUCGUAAGCAAAGACACUACCUGUGACUCGGUAAGACCGGACAAAGAUGUUGGCUUUGGCGAGGCGCAUUUCUCCUUCUCUCAGCUGGGAGUUUUCCUGCUGUGUUACAGAUCAGCUGGUGCACAUGACUCCGUGCUUCAAAGCGGCUUCAACCUGACCGUGAAAACUCCAGGUGUCACGAAGAGCAUGAUCCGACCUUUCGAAGGCAGCGGGGGCAGUCUAGACUGCUCUACACUGCGUCUGGUGCCACACUGUUCGAUGGCGAACGCCGGCUCGUGUCAAGCAUCCUACAUCAUCCACAGAGGAAUUGGUUUCAGAUGCAGAUGGAACGAGGAGAUAAAGCCUGCUGCGUGCGAUGUGGAGAAGAUCAAUACUGCUUCUGCCGACAUCUGUGCUGCUGCGAAGUGUCCUGGAAGCCCAUCGUUGUGCUGGUGA